CGGCGUCUGUGGAAGAAACUAGUUUUGUCCGCCAUUGUUGUGUGUUAGUGGCCAUAUUGUGCGACCAUCUUUUAUAAACAAAAUAGGGAGCCAUAUAAUCAUGGCGGAUCACCAAAAUUUAAUGUGUGAAGUGGAAAUACAGCCGGACAUACAGGAAUGUGUGGAAAUCGAAUCUAUUCCAGUGGAUAUGAGCGAUGCAGUCGAGACUAUUGUCGAAUGCGGUGAUACGAUAAUGGGAAUGCAAUCGCUAGAAGACAGGGAUAUAAUUUUAGAAACACAAGAAGAAAUUAUAGACGAUUCCGGUGAUCCGUUGAAUUUGUACGAUGUUCCUGUACCUGAUUCAUCCGAUUUAUACGUGGAAUCAUCCCCCGGACCAUCUAAAAAGAAAAGAUCGUUGAAUAAAAAUCGGGGAAUAAUAGGAAGACGGGAUAACGAAAUGUUGUUAAGCGAUAUGCACGUAGAAAGUAAACCUAGAAAAUGGGAACAAAAACAGGUACAAAUCAAAACUAUGGAAGGUGAAUUUUCAGUAACCAUGUGGGCUUCAGGUACCAGCGACGAUGAAGGCUCGAAUCCUGAAGCUGAUCUUGAAUUGAAAGAAUAUAUGACAGGAAAGAAAAUUCCAACUGAUGGAAUGCCUGGUUUAGAUUUGUCAGAUCCAAAACAAUUGGCAGAAUUUGCUAGGCCUGGUUUGAAAAGUCCUAGAGUUCGAAGACCAAAUCAGGACUGCUCAGAUAGAACAAUAGCUUGUCCACAUAAAGGUUGCAACAAAAUGUUCAGAGAUAAUUCUGCUAUGAGAAAACAUCUUCACACUCAUGGACCAAGGGUUCAUGUGUGUGCAGAGUGUGGCAAGGCAUUUGUAGAAUCAUCCAAAUUGAAGAGACAUCAAUUAGUGCACACUGGAGAGAAACCUUUCCAAUGCACAUUCGAAGGCUGUGGAAAGAGGUUUAGUUUAGACUUCAAUUUGAGAACUCAUGUUAGAAUACAUACAGGAGACAGACCAUAUGUAUGUCCAUUUGAUGGAUGCAACAAGAAGUUUGCUCAAUCUACAAACUUGAAGAGUCAUAUUUUAACUCAUGCCAAAGCUAAGUCAAGAAACAAUAUAUCCCGGGCACCAAAUAAUUUACAGAUGCUUCAACCUCAAUUUGUACAAGUAGAAGUAGCAGAACCUGAAUAUAUUGUUUAUGCUGAUUAAAUUAGAGGAAAAAUUGAAAUGUAAAUAAGGAGAUGAGAAUGGGUAACACUUCAAGGAAUAAAGACACUUCUACUUUGAGAAAACCAUGAUGUUCGUUAAUCAAGGAGAUGAGAUUGAUAAUUAUUGUUUUUAUAAUGGUCCUUUCUUGAAGGUUCCAGAAAAACUUUAGUAGUGAUUAGGAAAACUGUACAAAUGUAAAUAAUAAAGAUAAUAUUUUCAUUUUAAAAUGGGACUUCAAUUUAUACAGUUUUCCCUGUCUAAUUUUUUUAAUUUAUUUUUGUACGCUAUUUAUAGAACCUGUUUUCAAAGAAAUUUAAAGGAAUAACUACUACUUUUUCCCACUAAAAAGAAAAUUAGUGUGUACAUAUUGAAUUACAUUGUGCAUAUAAUCAUUUUGGGGAGAUGCAGAUGUUUGUAUAUUUUUAAAUUAACUUUGAAUUUUGAUUUCAGUAGUAUCUACUUCAAUUCAGAAGAAAUAAAGGAACACUAUUUUCAUAAAAGUAAAAUUAUUAUAUUUAAUUUUUUCGAAGUUGAUACCACUUGAAAGAUGUUCCAUUAAUUGUUUUCUCAUUUGUAAAUAGAAGAAAAUAAUUAAUUCUGUUAAAUACCACAUGAAGCAAAUUAUUCAAGAACAAGGAAUCUCAAAGUAGAUGAUAGCAAAACCAAAAAUCUUCAUCUCUGUAUUUUCGAUAUGACAUUUGUGCUCAAGUACAAAAUAAACUUUCUCUCGAAAUUUUACUAAUAAAGCAAUUUUAUCAUUUGGUUAUCUUCAUAUGUAACUUUAAUAUUUAAAGUUAUCUAUUUUAAUUCAAUUUAAGUUAUUGUAUAUGUUAAUUAGGUUACAUGUCUUGUAAAUAGAAAACAAAAUAAAUAGGGUAAUUUUUU